AUGGAGAAGGGCGGGGCGAAGUUGAGGAAGGAGGACAGUGACGAAUGGCUCUGCGCAUCCACGUAUCGGCCGAAUCGGAGCGAGAUACUCGAAAAGUUCGGAUCCGACGAACGGAGGCCAAAAAAGAAAAAGAAGCUGAAAAUUGCGGUUGUCGUCCCGAAAUCCAUCAAUCGGGCUGUCAGAUUUGAGAAUGGUAUCAGACGGAUAGAAUCAAAAAGGGAAAGCUCGAAAAAGAUGGCCUCUCUCAUUGACAACGACGACGAAGACGAAGAUGAGAACGGCCGGAAAUCAGUGUCAGAAGCCAAAACGCCGACUUCCACGAAGAUGUGCCAGCUGAAAAUAAUCUCUCCGAUCAUCCCGAAGAACGGAAUUCUCCGUCGAUCCGCCCACUUCUCACCGCCUGUUCUACAAGCUCGUCAGAGUCCCGAACAAGUGUUCGCCUCAUUAACGACGACAAGAAGACGUUCUUUGGAUGUGAUCGAGCCUGUUUCAAAACGUAGAAAAGAGGAAGAAGAAAAAGAGGAAAGGGAAGACUCAGAUAAAGAUCCAUUUCUCAGUUCGACAGAAUCGGACUCUUCAGGUAAUACAGUACUGUCCUUGGACUACCAUUACCUUCCUAAUUUCAGAAAUCUCAAACGUGUUCGACAACCUCUCGCCCGUCAGACAGGCGGAGACAGCAGAAAAUCCAUUAUACUCACCCCAAAAGUCGAAAUUCUCACUCAAUUUUAUCACUGGCUACGAAGCCCAAUUUACCGCAUUCGAGGAGACCCAACCACCUAGGGACGAAGAUCAUUCUUUCGCCGACGAUCCGAUGAGCAUUGGCGAGGAAUCGGAGGCUCAAAAGGCGAAGGAUUUGGACGCAUCGGAAUUCAGAAUUGACGUGUCGCCCAAAAAGAGAAGUGUAAAGUUCGAAGAACAGAGGACAGUGAAGAAGACGUUGCGAUUCGCCGAAUUGGAAAAUGAUGAUGAAGAAGAAGAACAGGCCUCUGCGUGGAAAGGAGAGCAUUUUAUAGAGGAGAGCUGCGGAGUUCAUUUGCAGGAAAGUGUAUUCCGAAGCUAUGCGAUUGAAGUGGAAUCUCAAGGAAUCGCAGGAGAGGAAGAGAGCGCGCUGCCUGGUGCCGACGACGCAGAGACCCAAGUAGGUUGAUUCUAAAAGACGUGUUUUAGAUGUUAAUGUUGCAGAAAUACACGCAGGCAGAGUCGUGCGCCUUUCCGAAUCCGUCCUUUUCCGAUUGUCCAAGUGACAAUCAAAGUGGCGAAUUAUACGAAAGAGACGAGCUGACCGGCCUGGCAGGUAUACCUUUGAUUCCGUUCCCUUUUCCCAAUUCUGCUGAAUGUUUUCUUCUUCAACUAUUCUGUCGAUAUCAUUUCGGGCCUAUUCCUCUUCUUUUUUUUGAUGGUGGUUACUGUGACUCACUCGAUGCAUAAUAUUGUUAUUUGGCCAUUGUUAGUACACAAAACGGACCGAGGAAACGGGCAAGAAAGAGCGAAGAGGAGCACUUACGAAAUUUCGAGAAUGACCGAUUUCUAAGUUUUGAAAACGUCGGAAAAUGAUAAAUGUUUUUCAGCCCGCUUCGCCUCGUUAAUGGCAAGCAAAUCGAGCGAAAGACGCCUUCUGAUGAGCGAUGUUGUGUUUGGCAUGGUGCCAAGAGAGCGGAUGGUCAAAAUUGACUUGCGGAGUCAUAAAAGGUGAGAAGAGAAAAGUAUUUGUUUGUUUGUUGGCGAAAUGCUUUUCAUCAAAAUAUUUGCUUGGAUCAUCUAAAAUUUGAAUUCGACGUCAAACUUGUGAAAAAGGUACGGUUAUCGUUGCAAGACCGGCAACUUUAUGAAAAUGAAUGCGCCUUUGAGUCGCCUCACGAUUUUCGCAUUUUUAAUCCGCGGUUCUCGUAUUUAAUUCUAGACGCUAAUUCUGUUUCAUUCGUCUUAUCAUAACUAAAUUGGAACAAAAAAGAGACUUGAAUCAAGUGAAGGUCGAUGUCGGCGCGCGCAGAGACACCUGCCGACGGUUGUUUGUUGACUCUGCGUUCGCUUCUUAUUCUUUCCUCUGUUUUUAUGUGAUGGCACCGAAAAGAAAGUGACCGACUUGCUUUCCCUUUUCCUUGUAGGCCCGCAGUCAGGGCGGCGAAAAAAGAGAGUGAUAUGCAAAUGGCAAAGAUUCUCGGCGGGAUGUCUGCCACCGGCAUCUCACAAUCACCGUUUUCAAUUUCUUUCGGAAGAUUUUUUGCCCUUUUUAAUUUCGUCUCUGUAGUUUGCGCAAUACCAACAAUCUCGAGAGAACGUCGGGCCGACGGAUCCCAUGGAAGAAGUGGAAAGUGUCGGAUUUCAGCGUGGUUUCUUACGAGCGGAAGACUCACCCCGGCUUCUAAAUAUACAAAUAGUAAUAGCGAAAACGUAAUACAACCAGGCGGGACCCGGUUCCUUUGCUAAUUCGAAUGUCUUGAGAGAGGCGCGGACCCAUUUCGUAUCCAUCCGCCCACCAUUCUUUUCGAUUAUGUUUAUUCAUGCCGCUCCCGCGUAAAAUCUGCCGGGUGAGCACUUUUUUCGAGCUCGUUGCAACAUGCGAAAUGUGUUUCGAAGCGCGACGAAAUAAAUGAAAUUAUACUUGCCGAACGUUGGAAACAACGGACAGAAAUAGAAAAAGACAAUUUGUCGGCUUGUUCUCAGUGGUCCUAUCUUUUGAGAAACAUUUAUCCGUAUCCGAUUGCCAAUCUUCUAAAUCAAAAAUCAAAAUAUAAAAAAAACAUUUUUCCAUUGUGACUCAACGAUUCUUGUCGGUGGAUGCUUCUAUCAAUGCUAUCAUUCCAUUCCCCACUCCCACGCCAUCGCAUUGACCGUUGCACACACAAACACAAACUGAAAACGCUGAAACGUUCAACCAAAAUCGUAUAAUUUCAGGCUGUUUGGCAUGUCAAUCUUGACCACGAACUCGUCGUCAGUGAUCAUCAGCCGCAGCUCCGCAAUCCGUCGUCUCGCCACCUCGUGUUCGCCGUCGCCAUCCCCACCCGCCCCAUUUGUUUGUGACCCCGCCCCUUCCUCCUUCUCUGCCGCAGCCGCAGCCGCCGCAACCCCGUCCUCCUCUUCACCGCCUGUUUCUGCUGUCGUCUACUCGAUCGGAGCACUUUCAUCGCUUCCGACGACGACGAUCCAGACGAGCCAGAACCACACCGUCAGCGUUCUGAUCAGUCCGGCACUGGUCAGCGAGGGCGCUCUCUGAUGCGCGCCGUUUCGCUAUUCCUUCUGGUCGCCUUUGUCCCGCAUCUCGUCCCUGCAUUACGGUACGUAAACCCCUUUUUUUUUACUUCUAAAACGAUUACCGCAUUUCGAUAGCACUGAGAAACCCCACAAAAGUUGAUUGAGCCUGACGACGUCCUUUAGAAUUCGAAGAUCUUCGCAAGAAAUCCUAAAUUGGGCUCCCUUCCAUUUCCGAUGUCCCUUCCUCUCCUCUUCUUCUUUCUCUUUCGAAACUUCUUGUUCUUUUGCUCUAUCUUCCGAGCACUUUGCCUCGUAGCAUUAUGUGUACGUUUACGUGACUGGUCUUUUAUCACUGCUAAAUAAUGUCCUAAAAUUGUUGCAUUUUUUUUCCGCUCUAUUUCCCUAUCACCGCUAAAAAUGUGUCAGAAAUAUUUAGCAGUCAUUCUCAUUCCAUUUCGGCGAUACAAACCGCCGUUCGUCCCCUUAUCACUACUAUUCUUUAAUUCCAUAGUAAUUCCGUCGCAACGACCCUGUUUAGAAGAAUCAUCAAAAGUGUUGAGAGCAUCUGUUAUCGUUGUUUCACGUUUAGAUAUUAUGCAACUUCCAAUAGACGGAAGAUACACGCGCGCGCGAAGGAACAUAAAAUAAAUCAAAAAGGAGGUGAGAUAUCGGGACGACUGGCCGUCACUUUUACAAUCACAACGGACGUGUUGACGCCCUCGAUUUUGAGGGUGAAAGCAAGACGGACUGCCCGCGCGGGCGAUGACGAUCUGGAAGAAACUUUGAGGGUGAUUUCCCGUCUCAUGAACACUUCCAAGCAUUCAGUGAUCAAGUCCUCGCACCUUUGCGCAUUUUCUGCCGUUUCCAACAUUUGUGUGCUCUUCGCCGCACAUCUCGUGGCUAUUAUUAUAAUUAGGCGCGGUGGUCAAAAUAUGAAAUCCAAGCUCGCGUCGUUUUUGCAUGUCUCCAUCUCCUCCGGUUGCACAAUGUCUCGCCCAGGUACGCGUUGCCUGUUUGACAUUUCGGCUAAGCUUUUCAUGCGUUCCGGUGUGUUUCUCAUUGUGCUCCCGCCCGAGAGCAUCCCUCCCCUCUUCCCACACGGUCUCCAAAAACAAACAGCCAGGCGUAGGGACGGAUCGAAACGUGGUUGGUACCAUUCUGUGCGCACUCGUUCGUACACGCCUCAUCUGACUCCACAAAACUUUUGAAACAGCUGGCGGAAGCGGCAGAUAUCAAGGGCGAUGAGGCGAAAAAGGAAGAACACUUCAUACCCUUUUUAUUUUCAGAUGUCAGUGUUCGACCGACAAAGGCGGCAUAGAUUGUCAUGGAUCCUGGUGCCAGGUCUACAAUAACGCCACCCAUGUGAGUUUGUUUUCGUGAUCACUACACCGUGUGAAUUCGCUCCUCAGACUAUUUACCGCACUCUUGAAAAUGCGAUCAGAAGCUCACUAGGUCAUGGGAGUGAGUUCGAACGGAAUCCCAUGCCUAUCAUCGGAGCGCAAUUUCAAAUCUAAUUUGAAUUACUUUGUUUACGCUAUUCAAAUUUGCGGCGCUUCCAAAAACAAACUGACACCGACCGAGACAUUUGACUGUCUGCCACUGCUUUGAGGGACGAACGGGAAGGUCACUCAUCUUUUCCAUUCGAAAGCCUCGCCCUUCUCCCGAAAUGUUUCCAUUUUUAUUCCAUACCGAAUGAACUGUGCAGAUGUGGAUAAUGCCAGGUGUCACUGUGCGAUCCGGGUGGUUUGUAGUAUAUUGGGAUCGAGAUCUCGGUGAGGAAAGAAAAAUAUAAAGUAGAGUGUCUCUAUUUUGUGUGUACCGAAAAAGAAAAGUGCGCGAAGCAGCUGGUGUGCACUUUUCGGCUUUUUUUGAUUUCAUCACCGAAGAGAAAAGAACACUGCAAACAGAUCGUGAGAGAAAGAAUGAUACACAGAGCGGCUUUGCUCUGACCGAGAAGCUUGAGAAGUUUCCCGAGAAGAUAAGAAUAAGGGUUUCAGGUGGCAGCAUGUGCAUUGGUGAAACGAGGAGCUGCUCAGUAUUUGGCAUGUGCUCGAGUCAAAGAUCGGACGAACGUGGAAAUGUGCUCUGUGGAACAGAGACAAGGAAUUGAUGUGGUAAGUUGAGAGAUAUGAAUUUGUAAAUGCAUCCUCUACAUCUGUUCUGUUGACAAACAGUAACAUUUGACGCCAUUCAAUACUGCCGUUCGGUCCACACCGUAGCAAUUAGCAGGUGCAGGUGAAUAGAGGAAGCCGUCUAGCGCCUUGUUUGCACAUCUUUCGGUAUGGUAUCAAAUGUUGGUGUAGCAUGCACACGUUUCGCACCCAUAUAAGUAUGUACAAUUGUGGUGAUUGCAGACGAAAUGCUGGUGUACGAACAGCGACUAUUGCAACGUGGAUCUCGUGGAUCGAGUGGUUGAGCCCGACAAAUCAAGCGAGCCACUGGAAAUGAGUCAAUCGGACGAGGAAGAGAUGACUGUGGAGGCGAUUAAAGAGUACGAUGAGAAUAACAUUGACGGAACAAGCGAAGAGAUUCUGACGACUACCCGAGCUGAUGAAAAUGUCUAUGAUAUGAGAAAAUCCGUCGAGAAGAAGUCGUCGAAUCCGGAAGAUGAAUCGCUUCCUCCGUGGCGUCGCGUGAAUCCCAUAAACGGUGGCUCAGCGUGGAAACCACCUCCGCCCCCUCCCAUGCCUGGUAUGAAACCAGCCGCUCCUGCUCCAACCACAACGACAACCACCAUUGCGACAGUCACCACAACCACACUAAGCCAUGAGGAAAGAAUAAGACUGUACGAGGAAAGACGGAGAGAAGUCGAAUUGGAAAGAGAACGGGAGCUCAGAAGACGUGCUGAAGUGGAGAGACAGCGGGAAGAACAAAGACGUCAUCUGCAGUCGCAAUACGACGCGAGACGGCGAUUCGGAGAGGAGAGUCGUCCGUGGCCAGUUCCAGACGCUGUUCCUGCUACGACGACCUCAACCUCCACCACAACUUCCACGUCUACAACGACAACAACGACUACCGCUCCUCCUCCUCCUCCAACUACUACCACUACUACCACCACUACCACCACUACCACAACUACAACAGCUGCUCCGACAACCACAAGAACUACAGCUCGACCGAUCGCUCCGAAGCAGGAGACGAAGACUAACUACGAGAAGUACUACAGAAAUUGGCAACCGCACCGCAGACCGUUCGAUCUGAAUCCAACGCCGGUUUGUUCCGCCCCAAAUGUUCCGAUUUUCAUUUCAACAUUGCAGAUUGUGAUUAACAACUUCAGUGCGAUCGUCUAUCCUCCGAAGAAUUUUGUGAAAGCAAACAAGACGACGACUUUCUCUGCUCAAACGACUACAACAACAACAACUCAGGCGACCACCACCACGUCGGAGCCCAUCAUCUACCCGCCGGCCAACUUCAAGAAGGCCGUCAAGACCACAACGACCACUGAAGUCGCUCGUGCACUUCCUUUUUCGGAGGAAGAGAGUGAAGAGUAUGUGCCGCAUAGGAAAAUGAUCGAGGUAAAUACCAAACAACGUUUCUGUGAUUGAAAAAACGUCAAUUUCCAGAUGCCGAAAGACGAUCAGUCAGAUGAGAUCGAAGCAGUCGUCAUGUACACUCCACAAUCGCCGACAGUCUCUCCGGCAACGUCACGCCCGUCCCCGACGCCAUCUGUCAGAACGCCCGCUGAGAAAAUGGACGAGUACAAGAAGCUCGUCGAUUUCGCUCCCUCGUCUCAAUCAUUGCUCCUCUCAUCUCUUAUCUCGUUUAUCAUCUUGUUCUUCGCUGUUUAG